AAAGAAUCUCAAUAUUGCAUUUAUCAUGGUACACUGUCCUGACCCCACACAAAGAAAGGUACUUUUGUUCUUAGCUAUUGCAUUGUAGGCUAUGAACGCAUGGGCCGCCACCUGCUGGACAGGAUCACAUCGUUUUAAAGUGUAGUCACUAGUGUCACCUGCCCAAACUCACCUUUCUUCUAAUUCCUACGGCAACUCAGAUGAUCACAAUAAAUCAUCCUCUCUCUCUGUCUCUGGCCCCCACUGACUCCGCCCCCUCUAUUAAUAUGUGAAUGUUCCCUCCCCGGCAUGCCUUGCAGUCUGAGAUUGUUCAAUGACAUUCCCGCGGGCCCAGCAGCGCCUCAGAUUGUUGUGACUGUUGCUGCAGUAGCAGCGCCUUGGAAAUGGUGCCCAAUGUGCUUUCCGGGUUGGGUAUUCCGGCUCAGUGGUGCGCCUGGGCUGCCUCGCUUGGCCUCCUGCUGAUACUGUACAAAGCAGCUCAGCUGUAUGUUGGGCGGAGGAGGAUGGUCGCCGCGUUCAGUCCUUUCCCAGGUCCUAAGUGCCACUGGCUGUAUGGGAAUGCGCAUGAGUUUCUCCAGAUCGGGAAGGACUUGGACCUUGUUCUGGGCUUUGCUCAGGUCUUUCCCUAUGGCAUGCCAUUGUGGCUGGGAAAUUUCUAUGCCUCUCUGAUCAUCACACACCCUGACUAUGCAAAGGCUGUCCUGGCCAGGCAGGAUCCAAAGGAUGAUAUGGCAUACAAAUUUAUUGUUCCAUGGAUUGGUGAAGGAUUAUUGGUUCUAUCAGGGCCCAAGUGGUUCCAACACCGAAGAUUAUUAACUCCAGGGUUUCAUUACGAUGUGCUGAAGCCAUAUGUGUCUUUAAUGUCAGAUUGUACCAGAGUCAUGCUGGACAAAUGGGACAAGCUCAUGCCAAAUGAGAAGACAUUUGAGCUUUUCCACCAUGUCAGUCUGAUGACGCUGGACACUAUCAUGAAAUGUGCCUUCAGCUACAACUCCAGCUGCCAGAAUAACAGAGAUAAUGCCUACAUCAAAGCUGUGUAUGAACUCUCUUACUUGGUGGAUCAAAGAUUUCGCUUCUUCCCAUACCACAAUGAGCUGAUUUUUUAUUUGAGCCCACUUGGGUUUCGUUUCCGCAAAGCACUUAGGACAGCACAGCAACAUACAGAUAAAGUGAUAAAACAAAGAAAGGAAUCGCUCAUGCAUGAGACAGAACUGGACAAAAUAAAACAGAAAAGGCACUUGGACUUUCUUGAUAUUCUUCUCUGUGCAAAGGAUGAAAAUGGGAAGGGUCUAUCUGAUGAGGACCUCCGUGCAGAGGUGGACACAUUUAUGUUUGAAGGACAUGACACAACAGCCAGUGGCAUCUCCUGGAUUUUAUACUGCAUGGCCAAAAACCCAGAGCACCAGCAGAAAUGCCGGGAGGAGAUCAGAGAGUUGCUUGGCGAUAGAGAGACCAUGGAAUGGGAUGAUUUAGGGCAGAUACCUUACACUACUAUGUGUAUUAAAGAAAGUCUUCGGCUCUACCCACCAGUACCAGGAAUUGGACGGCGACUAAGCAAACCCAUAACUUUUUGUGAUGGGCGGAGUCUUCCAGAAGGUGCAGGAAUAAUUGUAAGCAUCUAUUCAAUAAACCGAUCUCCAAGUUUAUGGAAAGACCCAGAGGUGUUUGACCCAUUGAGGUUUUCACCAGAGAAUUCAGACAACAGACAUCCACAUGCCUUUAUUCCCUUUUCUGCAGGUCCAAGAAACUGCAUCGGACAGAACUUUGCAAUGAAUGAGAUGAAAGUAGCUGUUGCUCUGACCUUACAAAGAUAUGAACUGUUUCCUGACCCUGACAAUGAACCCCAAAAAGUCCCCCAGAUAGUCCUACGAUCGCUGAAUGGAAUUCAUGUCAAGCUGAGAAGAGUACAGAAAAAGGAAAACAAAAAGGAAAUGUGAAAAACCCAGUUAUGGUCAACAUAACAUUAUAUAUUUUACAUUCUUGGUGAUGCAGCUUUUUGACGGGGGAUUCUGGGAGCAGUAGUUCACAAUCAAUAAAGGAAUGCAAAACUUGUAUUAGUGACAUAGGAAAAUGACAGUGGAAGGCUGCAAACCAUUCUAGCCUGUUUUAAUCAUCUAAUUACUGUAUCUCUAAUUUAGUACUUAACAGCAACUUUAGGGUGAUCUCAAUUGUUACACAAAUACAUCAACCCACUUGCUAAGGUGCAAGUUAUUUUUUUUUUCUAAUCCUUUCCCACAUCACCAGAAUAUUGUCAUAUUAAGUUACAGGUGACAGAGCAACUCGCAUCUACUACUUCCUUAAUAACAUAUUAUAUUGAUAAAGCAAUCAUUAAUACUAAUUGGCUAUAUAUUAUACUAGUUUGAGUGAAAAACAGCAGGGCCAGAAAAUACAAAAACAAUAAUAAAAUUGAAAACAAUGUCUACAUUUGGCAAGAAAAUUGAAAGAUGUUCACUGGUACCUCUGUUAGGGCAAUGAUACACAAGGCAUCUGCAGGCAAUUUUUUUGAGUGCCACUUUCAUUGACAUUCCCAAACUGAUUUAAAUACCAGUGAUUUUAUUCCAGUGACAAAAUGCUCCAUUUGUAAUUUAUUCUCAAAUACAAAUAAAAGACAGGUCUAAGAGUA